AUGCAGAACAAUGCAAUGCUUUCAAGUAAAGUCCUGGAUGCCCGGGAAGCCGGUGCAGCCUCCUCCUCCUCCUCCGAGGCAAACGUGUCCCCCCAGCCUAUGGCCGCAAUUGCGGCGCAGCCGGAGAUGGGUCGAAUUCUCAACAUGACUAUUCAACAGCAGUCACCUGACAAAAGCCACUGUGGUACUGUGGGGUGCAUACUCUGGGGGAGCCGGGUGGUGGUGCCCCCCCCCCUGCGCAGACAGGUAUUAGAGGAUCUCCACGAGACCCACCCGGGCAUCGUGAGAAUGAAAGCCCUGGCCCGGAGCUACGUGUGGUGGCCGGGCAUGGAUGAGGAAAUAGAGGGGUGGGUAAGAAGGUGCCAACCAUGCCAGGAGUCCAGACCCAAUCCGCCGUCCGCCCCGGUCCACAGGUGGGAGUCGAACGGGCGGCCGUGGUCCCGCCUCCAUGUGGAUUUCGCGGGGCCGUAUCAGGGCCAGAUCUUCUUUAUACUUGUGGACGCAUAUACAAAAUGGCUAGAGGUAAUCCCGGUGGCCUCGACCUCCACCGCAGCAGCAGUCAGGGCGCUCAGGAGGGUCCUCUGCACACACGGGAUCCCUGACACCCUGGUGACGGACAACGGCACGGCAUUCACCUCCCGGGAAUUCCGGGAGUUCACCGACCGGUACCUCAUAAGGCACAUAAGGUCCGCCCCAUUCCAUCCCGCCACCAACGGCCAGGCGGAGCGCAUGGUGCGGACCACCAAAGAGGCCCUUGGCCGUAUAGUACAUGGGGAUUGGGACCACCGCCUCUCAGCAUUCCUGUUCCACAACAGGAUCACCCCAAACCCUGUAACCGGUUUCAGCCCCGCAGAACUGCUCAUGGGGAGGAAACUGACCACUCGUCUAGAUAGGCUACAC